GCAACAACCUCAGAUAGUUCUCGUGAACCACCACGAUUGAUAUAUUCCUAUCGAAAUGUUAUAACAGGUUUUGCAGCUAAGUUAUCACUAGAAGAUUUAAAGGAAAUGGAGAAAAUGGAAGGAUUUGUCUCUGCACGCCCCGAGGGGCUACUUGAUUUGUACACCACACAUAGUGUAAAUUUCAUGGGGUUGAACCAGAACAUGGGGUUCUGGAAUGACUCGAAUUAUGGGAAAGGUGUGAUCAUUGGAGUUAUUGACACAGGAAUUUUCCCGGACCACCCUUCGUUUAGCGAUGAUGGGAUGCCACCUCCCCCUGCUAAAUGGAAGGGUAUAUGUCAAUUUAAUACCACAAAGUGCAACAACAAGAUCAUUGGCGCGAGGUACUUCCGCUACACGGAGAAUGAUCCAUGGGACGAAAAUGGACAUGGUACACAUACUGCUAGCACAGCAGCUGGACGUUUCGUUCCAGGUGCAAACAUUUUUGGCAAUGCUAAUGGCACAGCUGUGGGUGUUGCACCUCUAGCUCAUGUUGCCAUUUACAAAACGUGCUCUGCUAUUGGUUGCUCUGGGAGUGACGUUUUGGCUGCAAUAGAUAUGGCUAUUGAAGAUGGUGUCGAUGUACUUUCAAUUUCCCUUGGUAGUCGAGCUAGACAAUUCUAUGAAGACAUCAUUGCACUUGGUGCAUUUAGUGCUAUGGAAAGGGGAAUCUUUGUCAGCUGUUCUGCUGGAAAUUCAGGACCAUACAUUUUUUCAAUAUCUAAUGAUGCGCCCUGGAUUCUCACAGUUGGUGCAAGCACUAUCGACAGGAAAAUAAAGGCCACUGCUGUGCUUGGAAACAAUCAAGAAUUCGACGGAGAAUCAGCCUUUCAACCUAGUGACUUUCCUCCAACACUAUUGCCUCUUAUCUAUCCUGGAAUCAAUACUAGUGACAUUCUUGCUAAAUAUUGUUACCCUACUUCGCUGAGCAACACGAAUGUCAUGGGAAAGAUUGUGUUGUGUGUUGCUGGUAUAACAAGAGCAGUUGAUAAAGGAAUAGCAGUGAAGGCAGCUGGUGGUGCUGCCAUGAUUAUUAUGAAUCCAGAAUACUGGGCUAACACAACAUUAGCUGAAGCACAUGUCCUACCCAUGACACACGUUACCUAUGCUGAUGGUCUAAAAAUCCAAGAGUACAUAAACUCAACAACAACCCCCACUGCAACAAUCGUGUUCAAGGGGACUAUAAUCGGAGAUAAUCGUAAUCCAGUGGUUGCUGGAUUUUCUUCCAGGGGUCCAAGUUAUGCAAGUCCUAGAAUUCUGAAACCGGACAUUAUCGGUCCUGGGGUUAACAUUUUAGCAGCUUGGCAUAUUUCCUUGGAGAAUGACAUGAGAACAAACUCUACGUUUAACAUGAUUUCAGGUACCUCAGUGUCUUGUCCCCAUCUCAGUGGCGUUGCAGCGCUACUAAAAAGUAUUCACCCGGAUUGGUCUCCAGCUGCAAUUAAGUCAGCAAUUAUGACAACAGCCGAUGUCAUAAACCUCAAAUCCAACUUAAUCGAGGAUGAAACGUACCUUCCAGCCGAUGUCUUUGCCACAGGUGCAGGCCAUGUUAAUCCAUCAAAAGCAAAUGAUCCCGGCCUGAUAUAUGAUAUAAAGCCAUCCGAUUACAUACCUUAUUUAUGUGGUUUGAAUUACACGAACAGACAAGUUACUGUCAUUGUUCAGCGCAAAGUGAAUUGUUCGGAGAUUACUAGCAUCUUAGAAGGACAACUAAAUUAUCCAUCGUUUUCGAUUCAGGUCAGAAGCAACUCAGAAGUUCAAGUAUAUUCAAGAACUGUGACAAACGUAGGCAAAGCCAACUCAACUUACCGAGUUGAUAUUGAUUCACCGCGAGGCCUUGAUGUGAAAGUUGAACCAACUACACUUGUUUUUUCUGAGGUGAAACAAAAAUUGAGCUAUCAAGUGACAUUUACACCUUUUGCUACACCAAGUACCAUAUAUACUCAGGGAUCUCUCAGAUGGAUUUCUGAAAACCAUAUUGUUCGGAGCCCCAUUGCUGUUGGGUUUUCCGAUUUAUUUUGA